AUGCAGGAUCCGCUAGUCGACAUCGAGACGGCGCAGGUCACGCCUUAUGGAUACACACCUACUGCAUGGGUGGGUAUCCUCAUGCUUGUCCUUUUCACUCUGACGACCAUAAUACAUUUUAUCCAAGCCUUACGAUACCGCAUGUGGUUUUUGCUCUGGACCGUCGUCGUGGCAGGCAUACUAGAGUGUGUCGGCUGGGCGGGGCGGCUGUGGUCGGCGUAUAACGUACUCGCGUCGAAGGCCUACACUAUGCAGAUCAUUUGCACGAUUAUCGGACCCACUCCGCUCAUCGCCGCCAACUUCGUGAUCCUCGGCCACAUCAUCCGCCGCCUUGGGCAGCAAUACAGCCGGCUCAGUGCACGAUGGUAUACGAUCAUUUUCGUGAGCUGCGACGUCAUCGCACUCGUCGUGCAAGCGCUUGGCGGUGCCGCCGCUGCCUCCGCUGUGAACAACAAUCAUAGUCCGAGCGGCGGCAGCGACAUCAUGCUGGCCGGUAUCAUCUUCCAGACUGCUGCCAUCACAUUGUAUAUCCUUUGCGCCGUCGAGUUCUUCUUGCGCUACUUCUAUGACAAGCCACUGGGCGGCCGCGAGAAUGUCAAGACCGGAUAUCUGUUCGAGGGGAAACUCCGGCAGAUGGUCAUAGCAUUGAUUUUCAGCAGCCUGUUCUUCUACGUUCGAACAUGGUAUCGAUGCAUUGAACUGGGCGAUGGGUGGCAAGGAAGAAUCAUCCGCACGGAGCGCUACUUCGUCAUCAUGGACGCGCUCAUGAUCGUCCUGGCUAUGUGGACGCUCAACAUAUUCCACCCUGGCCGUCUCCUGGGAUACGGUGCCGACUGGAGUGCGGACAAGAACAUUGUCAUGCGAGCUGUGCAGCCACAGGAUUCCGAAGCGACGAUCGGGAUGGCCUGGUCGGGGAACAGAGCUGCUAAAGAGCAGUACUAG